CUAAAAAUCGAACAAAUAAAUCUUAUUGAAAUUACCAUAGGAGACGACAACAGCAAAAACAAAAAAGUACCGUACGUUUCAUCACAUUUUUCACACUCAUUCAUAGUUGAACACUUUGUAUCUUCUCAGUCGAAGGACAAAUCACACAAGCAAACAACUAGUAGCGAUAGAAAGCCCCAUCGGACAAACAACUAUAUUCACUCAACUCGAAAGCUUUAAAUCUUCCAAAGAUCAAGUAUGAACGGAUUUUUUAACUUUCAGUUAUUUUGCUAAGCCACAGCCAUCUGUGAUCAGUUUGUAAACGACUAGCGCUUCUCUCUAUCGCGUAAUUUAAAUAUUUAUCGAACGAAUCUGUUUUCUCGGAUACGGACCCCAGACAAACAAAAAACCGACCGGCGAUUUUGUGUUUUUCAACAAAGCAAGCGAAUCGUAGCAAACGACACGUGCACACAAACACACCAACACUCACACACAAAACACAGAACCGCGUGCAAAGAGGACGAGUAAGAGUUUUAAGACUAUUUUAUGCAUAUCAAAAACAGUAUAAGUAAAUCUUUAAUAAGAGAGCGAAGAGAAGGAAAUCCCCCCGGUAGAACACACUCACAAACAGGAGAACAGACACACGAGAACGAUUCGGAAGCCGAGCGAACAGAAAAAGCGAAGAAACGUAAAACUAAAACUACAAACUAAUUCGAAAAAAAAACGUAAGCGGUUUAAAACAUUACAAAAGUGAAAAAUGAAACGACUACAACAGGAAAAUCAAAGGGUGAAAUAAAAUACAGCAUAUACACAAAUGCACGCAACAAUAACGGACGGGAACAUCUGACAAAUGUGCGUAAUAAAAUUGCAAGGCAAAAUCACAUGUAAGUUUGAUUUUGGCACUUUUUCUCUGACAUAAGCAACAGCAAGCGGUGAGGCAUCGGAAGUGAAUCGAAACAACCAUCUUCAGUAUCCAUUUCACUGUAUCAAAAGCCGAAGUGAAGCCGAAUCGACUAUUUCACAAGCCAUCCAAGAAGGCUCUUGGUUGAAGACCUGCUGGCACUCUUUCUUUUUCUAUCAUGGCUGCUAUGAUUAACUUUUGCUAUUUGUAGCAUAGCAUCUCUGGAGUUGACCUGUCAGGCAGUGAAUGUUAAUGACUGAAUUAACUGGGAACUACCCAUAAAUAUCUGUUUCGCUCCACAAGUCUACCAAUGAGAGACGAAUCGCUAUACCGGGCCCUCCAGCAGUGGAAAGUUCGGGAUCAAAAGCGAUACUGCAUUUUAAACAGCUCCUCUUGUUAUCAAGCACAGCUGGUCGGCAUAAAGGCGCAAUAUCCUGCAAUCGCAAUGUAGUCGACACUAUAGAAAAAGCUUCUUUAGUAAAUUGUAGAUCAUGCCUUGACAAAUACUGGAGAACCAACUAAGAAACACAUACCUGGAUGUAUGUUUGGUAAACAGGUUUAAGAGACAAACUAAGCAGGUUUAAGAUCGCCUUACUUUACGUCCAAGCUUGAUCUGGGAUGCAGACUGUCCGAUUGUCUCCAUUAUUUCUGAACGUUAUGCUUUUGGCUAGGAAUCACCCAUGAAUAACAGACUAACGUCUUGUAUCAUGGAAAAAUCUUGAUUAGAAGCUCAUUUGGGCUAUCGACAUAUGAUCGCAGAAUUGCUUUGCCAAGCUCUUGUUUGUCCAGUUGUAGGAAGAUCGAAUUCCACGAUCAUGAUCUCAUUUUAGUCGACAAUACCGAAGGCUUCAUGAGCAGAUGCGGAUGUAGGCACUCACAUUCCGUAUUUUAUUGAAGUACAGAACUUAACAGAUACUUAAUCAC